CAUCUGGAGGUGCUUACUGCUGCCGCUCAGUCACUCAGUAACUCAGUCAAGUUGAGUAGAAUACCACAGCCAAAGAGAAGAUGUCCUUCAUAAAAGUAGAAGCAACGUCUGAUUUCUCCUUUCACAACCUUCCUUAUGGAAUAUUCUCCACAUCCGAUAACCCCAAACGUCGCAUUGGGGUUGCCAUUGGAGACCAGAUACUGGACCUCAGUGUGAUAUUGUCCUUGUUUCGAGGACCUGUUAUGUCCAAACAUCAGGAUGUCUUUGACCAGCCCACACUAAAUGCUUUCAUGGCUCUGGGUUAUGAGGCCUGGAGGGAGACCAGGAGUACCUUGCAGUUCUUGCUGUCAGCCAAUGAGACCACACUGAGAGAUGACGUCAGUCUUCGGAGCAGAGCAUUCAUCCAUCAGAGUGCAGCCACCAUGCAUCUUCCUGCAGACAUUGGUGAUUAUACCGACUUCUACUCCUCCAAGGAUCAUGCCACCAACGUUGGCAUCAUGUUCCGGGGAAAGGAAAAUGCUCUGAUGCCAAACUGGUUGAGGCUUCCAGUGGGAUACCAUGGUAGAGCAUCGUCAGUGGUUGUUUCUGGGACCCCCAUUCGCCGUCCCUCAGGCCAGAUGAGACCUGAUCAGACGAAACCCCCAGUGUUUGGACCAUCAAAGCAGUUGGACAUUGAACUGGAGAUGGCCUUCUUUGUUGGUGGAGGGAACCGGCUCGGAGAGCCAAUUCCCAUCGAGACUGCUCAUGAACACAUCUUUGGCAUGGUACUCAUGAAUGACUGGAGUGCCCGGGACAUCCAGUCGUGGGAGUAUGUUCCUCUGGGUCCUUUCCUGGGGAAGAACUUCGGGACGACCAUCUCACCAUGGGUUGUCCCCAUGGAGGCACUGUUACCCUUUGCAGAGUCCAACCCUAUCCAGGAUCCAGAGCCCCUCCCCUACUUGCAGCACCAAGAUGCUUACACUUUCAACAUCAACCUGUUUGUGUCACUAAAAGGACAGGGCAUGGCAGAGCCUGCAACCAUCUGCAAGUCUAACUUCAAGCACAUGUACUGGACCAUGAAGCAGCAGCUUGCCCAUCACACAGUCAACGGCUGCAACGUCAGACCAGGAGACCUGCUGGCUUCUGGUACCAUCAGUGGACCGGAUCCAGAGACUUUUGGCUCCAUGUUGGAGCUAUCAUGGAGGGGAUCCAAGUGCAUUGAUGUGGGAGGAGGAGAAACCAGAACUUUCUUGAAGGAUGGAGAUGAAGUCACCAUCACAGGUUACUGUGAAAGAGAUGGACACAGGGUGGGCUUCGGGCCUUGCAUGGGAACCAUCCUCCCCUCCCUGCAACACUGAACCACUUACACUGUUAUUUAUGUGGGCAUUUUAUUGUGGAGCAUAAAGCUGAAAGAAUCCAAUAUUUCUCCCUAUUUUCACCCUCACUGUCCAUGAAUGACAGACUGCUCACGUAUUAUUCCUCUCUCUCCCUACACACACACACACACGUUAACACACAUUCCUCUGUGAAAAUGACAUGAUAGCAGCUUUAGUUAAUCAUUGAUAUGCAUUUCCCAGAGCUCUGUAGAGUUGUACAAUGACCUUGUUACUGAGAUCCACUGCAAUAUUCAUACAACAGAGGGAUUCUCCCACAUCAUGUCAGUGUUACUGCUGUACCAGGAUCAGUAUUAUUGAUGUUCUGUGUGUGUUUGCCCAUGAUUUAUAAUACAAUCAUCCAUUUAUAAUCUCAUUGUGUUUAUGUCUUUUGUUUUCCUGUUGCCUCACUGUGUCCAUUAGAUUCCUGCAGUCUUUAAUCACAUCUUUUAUUACUUUGUUUAGAGAGACAUGUUACUGAUUACUUUACAGGUUAGGAUAUUCUAUAUU